AUGCCUAACCAAUUCGAUCCAAUGAACGUCCUGGGAAAGUGGAUUCAAGUCAAGACACACUUCACCAAACUCCUAGUCGACGCCUCGACCAACAUCGAGGUCGUCAAUACAGUGCUUGCGGAGACUACCGAGUCGCUCUCACCUACAGACAUGCAGCUACUAGAACCUCUCGAAGGCUACGAAUUUCGACUACGCCCAGAGGACGACGCAAUCUACUUGAUCAUCGCACCGCAAGGCGGGUGGGGCACGGGUCCAGAUGAGCGCUUCAAGGUCCCUUGUGGGUCUGAGGAACUUCAAGCCAACUACGACUCGUUCCUUGAUUGGCUGGAGGCCAUCUUCGACGCCCAGGCUGAUGAUGUUGAGCCUGAGGCCAAUCUUGGAGCUACGAUCCAGAGCGAUACCCUCUUGAUGAAUGUGCACGUUGACUUGACUCUGGCUUCCGAGGCUCUCGAUGGAGGCUGGUGGAAUGACGCAUUUGCCGACAACGCCGAAAAUGAGGCGUGGGCCCGCACCUUCGUCGAAUCUCUAGAGCAUGUUGAGCACUCUGAAAUCGCUGCGGACAAAAAUUUGUGCUCCUUCUGCUGGUUGCCCUUCGGAGAGACUGAUGAGUUCCACCCACUCUACGAGCCUCCGGCUCUCCCCAGCGAUCCACGCGAGGCCGAAGCAAUUCUCCUAUGCCAGGAGUUCCCGUUCGAUGUUCGCCGUCCUAACAAUGAUGCUGUGGUUCUGCCUUGCAAGCAUAUCUUCGGCCGCGACUGUCUCAUUGAUUCGCUCUCUGCUGAUUCUACGUGUCCAGUCUGCCGCAAGGAGAUGCGCACCUAG